UGAGGUGUCAAAUCACACGUCGAGUUUUUCGUGUUCGUGCAUUUCGCAGUCCACACUUGAAAUUGCAUUUAAUUUAAAACUUUUAGUUCAUUUUUAAGUUAUCUAUAAGUUAAAUUAUUGAAUUAAAAUGACCACGAGAACAAAUACGAUACAACACAAUACAAGUGGUAGUGCCAAAUCUUCAUCUUUGAAAGAUAUUUGCAAUCGAGCCUUGACAGCAAAAUCUGAAUGGCCGGAUAAGGAUGAAUUUUUGGAUGUCAUUUACUGGUCACGCCAAGUAUUUGGAAUCAUAUUGGGCAUCAUUUGGGGCAUUGUGCCCUUGAAGGGAUUUUUAGGCUUAGUGUUAUUUGCGGGUAUAAGCUGCGGUUUGGUUUAUGUUUAUGCCAUUAACUUUCAAUCCAUUGACGAAGAAGCCUAUGGCGGUGCCUGGGAGUUAAUUAAAGAAGGAUUUAUGACCUCAUUUGCUGGUUUCUUGGUAACGUGGAUUAUUUUCUACACUGGCUUGCAUUACGAAUCAAUAAUGGAAGCUAAAGGACUAUGAGAAGACCACAGAACAUAAUGAAAGCAUAAAAAAGAGCAAUCGUUAACCGAAGCAUAUUGUAGUUAAAUUAAACUUAGUUAAAAAAAUCAUUUAUCCAUUUAAAGCCAAAAAAACAGUGUUAAAUGCUUACGAAGAAAAAGUUGAAGAAACUUUCCGAAAAAUUUAUCAUAUUGUACCCCUCAGGCAUAUAAGAUAGUUGAGAUUACUUUAUAAUUUAUUAUAUUGCCUGCUAUGUAUGUUUGUGUGUAAACCUUUUUCCCCCCUCUGGUCUUCUCUAAAUUGUUUUCGUGUAUAAGAACUUUUUUUCUAUGAAAAAUUAUGAAAAUAAAGCGCUAAAGAUUAGUUUACACAAAACAAUGGUUUAUGAUUCCACUCA